UGUCGCUGAUUUUGGUUGUCAAGCUAUUUUCUCAUCGCAAUGUGCCGUUCUGGCGCAUACUAUGUAUGAAACGCCGCAGAUUGUCUAGUGCGUUAUAUUUUAUUUUAGACGAAACUUGACAUUAAUUCAAAAACCUUCAUGGCUUCUCGCUACCAAAUGGUUUACAAUUGCGUAUACUUUUUGUAAACAAGACCAGCAAAACAAGAGAAUAUAUCAAUGUUACAGUGAAAAUAAGGUAAUUUACACUAACAGGUUUUGUUAUUUUGAUUACGGCCAAUUAAAAGUUUCUCCAAAUGUCUGACAAGGUCGAAGAUACGGAGGAAAAGAUGGAAAGUGAACAAAGUUAUAGUAGCGAUUCUAGUACUAGUAGUUCUUCCGACAGUUCAAGUGGAAGUUCAGAUUGUGACGAGGAGUUAUUGGAGCCAGUUAGUAUCUUAGGCCACACUUUAGAGUUGCCACAGGAGCUUUGUGAAGAUUAUGGUAUCUUUAAAGAGUUUUUUUCCAUGAAAACUUGGGAUAGCCUGGAAGACAAACAUAAAGAAGAGCUUACAAAAUUGUUGCCUCAAUUUAAAGAUGAUCAAGAGGAUGAGAAUGAGAAAACAUUGAAAAUGUUAUUUAACUAUGAACCAUUUCAUUUCACAUCACCACUUAGCAACUUUUAUAACAAUUUAAGACAAGGUAACUACCGACCAGAUAUAGCUAGAAUGAGGAAGUUUCUAAAGAAAGCUAGAGCAAAACAACAAAAGCAAAAGAAUAAAUCAUACUAUGCUAAACUCUUACCGGAAUUGUUAAUCUCUCGGGAACGGUUGUUAGCAGCUGUUAAAGGGGCACCUCCGGGUCCUGUACCAAGGCUACCAGCUCUAGCUCCCAAAGCUUCAAGCAAAAAUAAAUAUAAACCAUUAUACAUGAGAGUGAAACAAAGAUACUUUGAAGAGUUAGCUGCUAUUUGGGGUGAGGUUGGAGGUGAGGACUCCGAGGAUCAGAAUUACCCUGAAGGUGCUCCUGAACGAUUGGUGAAAAAGAAGAAACAGUCAGCAACUGGACAGCAAGUAGAUAACAAUGUAUCUGGAACACUUGGUGGGUCAGAUCCUGCACAUUUAACAUCUCUAGAAUGUUUAAAGAAAGUUUUGUCAACUCACCGCUCAAGAAGGCAGUACAGAGAAAACCAUCCAGAACUUAAUACUGCAGGUAUAACAUUAGAAGAUAUUAAACAGAGAGUAGCAAUGAUGAAUGGAACAAAGAAACUUAUGUUUGGUGGUGCUAAAACAGAAAGUCCUAUAAAUAAGUUACGUAAAGGUACUAAAAAAGAGUUAAACCAAAAAGCUUCAAAAGCAGAAUUGAAAUCUGCGAUCAAAAAGUCUAAAGAAGAUCAAGAUAGUGUUGAAAAUAAACCAUUGUUGCCAAAUAUUAAAAUUAAAUGUGAACCAGAGGAGUCGGACUCUGAAAGUUCAUCAUUCCUAGAUCCCGUUGCAAGUCCAAAGUUUACUAAGAAAUUAUUGGAUCAAUCGGAAAUCAAACAAGAAAAUGUUGACAAUAAAUAUCCCAAUUAUACAAAUACAAACUUCAGUGAUUCAACAUUGGAAAUAAAACAAGAACCAAUGGAUUAUGCUAGUUCAACACAAAAUUCAAAAGUGUUACAACCAGUGCCUAUAAAAUUAGAAGAUUUAGAUGGAAUUGACAUGAUGGCACUACCUAUAGAGUUAGCAGAUGAAUCCGGGGAAGUUUUACCAGUGGAUACAUCGACAGAGACUAACGAGGACAAUGUAGAUGCAGAUGAACUGACGGAGACCACACAUGCUAACUUCCUGUCAUUAGUCCGUGGUCUGUUCCCGGCUAAAGCGGCACAUAGAGCCUCCAAACAGCAGUUACAAGCAAGAUGUGCGACUGUCAUGAGAUCUCCAAUAGCUCCGCUUAAUACUUGGUACAAUUUAUCUGACGACUGGUGUGCUGAGCUCAAUUCAGCAUUGGACUUCCUCGCCGGGCAGAGGGGACCACAUCCUGAUGAUUUUGUACCAUAUUUACAGUUUAUACCAGAGUCACAGACGUACCAGUGGAUAGGUGCGGGUCGUGAUUGUGACGCGAUCCUGGGCCGGCUGUGCGAGCGCUGGCUGCGCGCCGCCGCGCCGCACCACGCCGCGCACCCGCCCCCGCCCAGUCUUUCCAGAUACCCGACGUCUUGGACAGUGCGCGCGCCCACGCCCGGAGAGAUCGCAGACUUCAGAAUACAAGAGAGGAAAAGAUUCGCUUCUGCUACCAAACCCUUCACUUAUGUGCAGUAUGGUUACAGGUCUGUGGUGGGGCCGAUAGCGCGGUGCGCGGGCGGCGGCGCAACUGGCGCGCUGGUGUGCGCGACGCGGCCGCGCGGCGCGACGUUCGGCGCGCUACUGCGGGACGCGCUCGCCCGCCUGCCCAACGGACAGGGCACGCGCACAGACCUCCUCACACUGCUCAAGAUGUCUCAAUGGAUCGCUCCUUGCACGGAGCAAGCACUAUCAAGCGCAGUGUCGGCUGCGUUGGAGAAAUUACUCGCUGUCAAGAGAGAUCCUAUCGUCAAAUAUGACCAGAGAAGUGCUGUAUGGACAUAUCUGCAUAGGAACAGGAGUGAAGAAGACUGGUUAAAAACCUGUGGUCCUCGCGGCCGCGGAGCUAAGACUGUACCGAUCGCACCGCCCGCCACCUCGCCGCAAACUGCUAUGGAGAUGGAGGUUGCCAGCGUUGAGGAAGUAAUAGAAAAUGCAUCCGACAGCGACGUGGAUGUAGACGACAGCGGCCCCUCGCCCGCGCCCCACCUCUCCUCCGCACAGCUCCUCAUACAGGCCACACAACUCACACACAAACAGACACCUAAACUACCAACGCCCAAAAUAAAGAAUAUACAAAAACCACAAAUCAAACAAACAUUACCCAAACAGAACACACAAACCAUCAAAAUCAGUCAAACCCAGAAAAAAGUGACGCAAAUUAAAACGCCGAAGCAAAUUAAUACAAUCCCGAAGCAAGUUCCGAUACCGAAGCAAUCUCCGAAGCAGAAUCAAGCGAAGUGUAUCGAAGCUGUGAAGUGCGGACCAAGUAAAGUGAACGAAACCGGGGCUAAGGCCUAUACUUCUCUAGUUGUUACGCCUAAAACUAAGACUGUACAGAAAAUAGAAACAUCGCAAAGUAAUAUUUCUUCAAGUUUAUCCAACCAGCAUACGACAGUGGUAUCUGUAGUCCAGCCCGCAUCAGUCUCUUCUGUACAACAAACUCAAGCCAAGGUAGCGCAAGUAACGCGGUCGCUUCUGAUACGGCCUUCGACCACGGCGCAGACCACCUCUACUAUUACCACUUUGACUAUCAACACGCCUCCUACACAGACAACUCCAGCGCCAAGAAGAGGUGUUGUGAGAGUACUGAGUCCAGCCACACCUUCCUCGGGGAAGUCACUCAUCUCACCACAAGCCUUGAUGACUCAGAAUUCACCAACAACAAAGAAACGGACAACAACGAGCACAACGCCUGUGACCACUUUGACUCAGUCAGCGAGCGUGACAACAGUAGUGAGCAGUGUGCCAACCGCGGUGACGUCAUCAGUGUCGACCCGCACCGUGCAGCUGUCGGGCAGGACAGUGCAGCUCGCCGCCAACCAGACGGUGCACCUGCCCGGCGGACAGGCCGUGCAUCUCUCCCCGGGGCACACCCUGCAGCUCUCCUCGCUGCAGCUGCCCCCACACAGCGUGCGCCUGCCCAGCGGACAGACUGUGCAACUGGCCCCGCAGCUGCGCCCAGUCCCACAACACAAGACACCCAGACCACAAACACCCACAAACAAAACAAACACACAAACAAACCAACCCCUCAUACCAGUGUCGACCGUCCAAUUAGGACAAACGGUGCAAAUCGCAGGACAAAGUGUUCAAUUAACCGGACAUACGGUCAAACUACCAAGUGGACAAAGUGUUCAAGUUGCAAGUCAAAGUGUAAUCCCGUCCCAAAGUGUACAAACGGUUCAGUUGGGUGGAAAUGUACAAACGGUGCAAAUAAGUGGUCAAAGUGCUCAAAUGUCCGGUCAAAGUGUUCUUGCACCGCCGACUGUGCAGAUUGGCGGUCAAACUGUACAGUUGAGCGGUCAGACGGUUCAGUUGCCGAGUGGUCAAACAUUCCAGUUGCCUAGUGGUCAAACUGUGCAGUUAUCUAGUGGUCAAACCAUACAGUUAGCAAGUGGUCAGACUUUACAGUUAGCUAACCAAACACCAAAAUCAAUGGCGCAAGCUGUAAGAACACAGUCAUCAGGUGACAAAACCUCACAACCUAUUGUUGCCAAGCUAUUAACUAAUGCACAGGGUCAAAUGAUAUCACUGGAAGGAGUAGUGGGCGGGGCGCGAGCGCUACAAAUGGCCAAUAUGGGCAACAUGGGGAGUGUGGGCAACAUGGGGAGUGUGGGCAACAUGAGCGUGGGCAACGUGGGCAUGAGCAACAUUCGUGGGCGCGGCGGCGUGCGCGUGCUGUCUCCUUCCACGAGAUUAGCGAGGCCACUUUUACUCACCUCUGCUAAACCUUUACACAACAUUAUUUUACAGCAAAGUGACGGUAGCUCUAUUCGUAUGACUUCAAGUGGUGGAGCUACGACAUCACAGACUAUAGUACUAAGUAAUAUUGGAGGACAAUCAGUAACAACGUCUACCUCUUCACCGCCAGUUUUAAAAUUACAACAGGUAAAUCAGAUACAUCCUGUUAGACUACCGCAGGGGAUAAAGAUACAACAGGCAGUACCGACGGCUGCAGUGCCAACGUCCAGCGGCGUGCGUAGUGUAUUAAUGGACGGACAACAACUAAAGUUAGUGGGAGGUCGACAUGUGUUGGCCAGAUUACUGAGACCUGCCAAUCCACAGCAGUGAUACUGGCACCUGGUGCCUGUCAAUACUGGUCAACCUGGCAUUUGCAAGUAAAUUCCGCCAAAAUGAUAUGAUUUAGACCUUAUAUGUAUAUACGUUAAGGCACUUUGUUGCUUGGGAGGAGAAAUGUUUACUGUCGGUAUGUAAAAUUUAUUAAAUAAAAUUUAUUAGAGACAAUUGUUAAGUGUGAUUUGUUUAUAAAUGUUACUAACAGAAUCAUCACACAAUUUCUAUGACUGUCAAAAUAAAACUCUGACCAAAUGCAGUUUUUACAGUUCCUGAAGUUGGCAAAAUAGGUGCGAAAUUGAUGGGUUCUUUCUCUUUCUGUUCUGUUGUCUUUGUAUAUAUCUAUCCCUUUUACUCUUAUAAUUCGCACUUAUAUAGAAAACUUCAGAGGUUAAAAAUUGUGUAUUUCGUUUUUUAAUUAAGUUGGAAUUUGUAAAUAAUUGCAAGUUCAAGAGAGUUUCAGAAUUUCGGAAUGAGAUUUUUUAAAUGUGAUUAUGUAACAUAAUUAAAUAUAUUGAUUUUCUUUCUUUUAUUUAAUUUGGUUGUGGUCAGCGCUAUGUAAGAUUAUUAUUGUUUUAUUUCAUAAGUUAUAAAUAAAAGGUUAUAUUUUUUGAGUAAUAACAUAUAAAUUCAAUUUUGUAAUUACAUAAACUUCCAUUUUCUAAUAAUUUCAUCGUCGUAUAUCAUUAACCCUUGUUUUAGUUCGGAAAUUAAAUUUCUCAUACAAAUAAACAAAAUAAAACAUCGUGAUAACUAAACUGACAACACAAUAGCUAUCUCUUUCUUAUGAAUAAGAUAUUUGCUAUCAAAGACUUACAAGUUUCAUGUAACUCUAAACUCCAAAUUAGAUUGAUAUCAAAAAAGGCAAAUAAAUACUAUUAUCUCCAAUUAUACAUUUUAUAUCAAUUUAUUUAGCAGGUAGACAAUAAUAGUUAGUUAUUGUUACUAUGCGCGCACAAUAAGACGCAUGUUUUGUACUGACGUAAUUUUUUUACUUGGUCAAUUGUCAAGGUAACUUCAAUAUAGUAUAAUGCACGUCACAUAUCCCACAGAGACAUAGCACGAAAAUUUGCGAAAGCGUAUUUGUAACGUUAUCAACGAAAUUUGUAUAAUAUUUGUCGGUAUAAGGCACUGCACAAAUCCAAUACAAAUUUUGUCGAUGACUAUCUCCUAAAUUUUUGUGUUUAUGUUAAUAUAUCUGUUAUAUAAAUUGAUAGACAGUUUAAGUUAGUCCUAUGUGCCUAUUUCGACUAUCAAAUCGCCACUAGGCUCGUCUUUCGUCACUGGAUGUCUAGUUUUUUAUAUUAGUUGCUAAAGGGCUGUGAAAAUAGAGCACGCGACUCUACAUGUCGCAGUUUUCAGUGGCGGGUCGUGUUAGUGGAAAUAGACACUAAUGAGACGCAUUAUACGAUAUUGAUAAACACAUCUAGGUACAAAGUAUGAAAAUCUACAUUUUAUGCCAUUUAUAUAUGUUGUGGAAUGUCGUUAUACAAAGGCUUUACUCCAUAUUAAUGAACAUUUAAUAUCAAAACCAAAUCCAGUGCCUAUUUGUAACUUAUAAUAGUUAAUUUGUUAAAUUGUCAGGAUUUAAGAGGUUAUAAAUAAGUCAAAUCUAUAUCUGUAAUGUUAAUAUUUCUGUUUCACAAACAAUUGAUCAUGACAAUUGUUAUCUCUCUCUGUUAUCUUUGACAAAGAGUAAGCAAUAUGGUUUAAUAGAAGUGUCAAAUUUAAGAAUCGAACACAUAUUGCUAUCUCUUUUUCACGUAGAAUGAGAGAGGACGAUAGCUUUCGUGUUUCGACGGACUUUGUAAAGGAAAAUUCAAUUACGUGAUUGAUACAUUUUGAUAAUAGUAAAGAAGUUUAUUUAAAUUAGAUAUUAUUUAAUAGUUGGUAUGAAAUGUUUGGUUGCAAUAAAUAGUUGUAAUUCCUAAUGUAAGUCAAUUAGGUUUGUAGUAUA